GAUAAAAAUAAAACUUGUUCUGGGCGCGUCUCUUCCCACUACUGUGGUUACAGUCUAACGGAGCUUUUAAUGAAAUAUAGAACUCUCUGAGUGGAUGUAUACUUCUGUGUUGUUUUGUCUUUCGUCGUUCUCCUUUGUGCAGCGAUGCCAGCUGUGAACAGCUUUACAAUCAACUACGACGCGGUGAAUGAGGAGGGGACGUUUUCGGCGGGAGACACUGUAACGGGACAAGUAAUUCUGUCCUUAUCUAAAGAAACCAAAGCUCAGCGGCUGUUUGUGAAGGCUAAAGGAGACGCAGACGUCCGAUGGACGCGAAAGAGCGGCGAACGCACGCACACGUACUCUGCGCACCGGAGAUACUUUAAACUGAAAGAGUUUUUAAUCCCAGAAGGCACGGAGGAAACUGUUUUGCCUGAAGGGACCCAUGUCUUCAAAUUCAGCUUUAUGAUCCCAAAUGAAAACAUGCCAUCGUCUUUCAGAGGAACUCAUGGAAAAAUUGUCUACAAACUGGAGGCCAAACUGUCCAGGAGCUGGAGGAUGGAUUCCACUGCAGAAAAGGAGCUCAAUUUUGUCUCAAAGUCCUUCUCAAACUUUAACACUUUUUUGUCACAGCAAGGUGGUUCCACAGAGAAGGAGAUGGGGAUGUUCUCAAAGGGACACGUGCACAUGGAUGCCACCGUUAACAAGACGGCGUACGCCCCAGGUGAAACUAUGCUGAUAUUUGCAAAAGUCAACAAUGCUUCUUCUCGAGACAUGACUCCCAAAUUUAGCCUGGUGCGGCGCAUUAAGUUUCUCGCUCAAGGAGACUCCAAAAAUGAGGAAUACACUGUCGAGAAAGUGGCCGAUAACGUGAUCAAACCCCACACCCAACACGAGGUCAAGUGUGAGAUGAAGAUUCCCACCGAUGAGAUGCUUUCCAUCGAGAACUGUGAAAUCAUCUCGGUGACACACCAGUUGAAGGUAUAUUUGGACAUCAGCUUUGCCUCUGAUCCAGAGAUUGUCUUCCCUGUGGUUAUUUCACACCCUACUUUAGUCUUUGGUGCUAAUAACAGUGGGCCUGUGGGUCCUUAUCCUGUUGCCGGUUUCGGUGGUCCAACCAACAGUGACUUCCUUCCCCCUGCAAUGGCUGUUGGUCCUUAUCCUGCACCACCGUCUUCAGGUCCCUAUGGUUACCCAGGUCCCCAAAGUCCUUUUGCACCACCACCUGCAUACCCAAAUAAUCCACAGGUUUAUUGUGGUCCGCCAGGACCUUAUGCUCCUCAGCCACCUCCAAUAUAUGGGGCCCACAGCAACCCAAUGCCACAGGGGCCUUCUCCAUAUGGAUUUCCAUUUUCACCCUCUUCAUCCUCCACCAUGCUUCAUCCUCCACCGCCCGCGCCGAUGCUCCACGCGCCCCUUUCGGGGCCGCAGGUCCAGCCACCUUUUUCCUCCGUGUCUCCUUCAGCUCCCACUUUCAACCCAAUGCCUUCUGCUCCAGACAUGACUACAGACUUUCUGGCUCAGACAAAUGAUCCUCCGGCAUACACAUCGCUUUUCCCAUCUUCGACUCCGGAAAAAGUGGAUACACAUGUUAACAUGUCCCGAAUUAACGACUUCAAGAUCGUUUGUGAGGACGCGAACAGAGAUGGCGCUUUUUCCGAAGGAGACGCGGUCGCAGGUUUGGUUUCUUUUAACUUAUCAAAAGAGACGAAAGUUAAGAGCGUCAGUGUGAAGCUUAAAGGAGUCGGUCAAGUUUAUUGGACUGAAGGGACUGGAGAAGACGAAACGUCGUACAGCGCGAGUAAGAGAUAUCUUAAAGUCAAAGAAUACCUGGUGCUGGAAAAGACAGUAGGCAGUGUACUUCCUCAAGGGACCAAUCAAUUCAAGUUCAGGCUUCAAAUCCCACAGGAGGAGUUGCCAUCAUCCUUCAAGGGGAUACAUGGCAGCAUUGCUUACAAGGUUGAAGCACAGAUAUGUAGGAAAUGGCAUUUGGACUCUACAGUGCAAAAGGAGAUCCAGUUUCUUUCAAAGUCCAUACGAAACACUCGCCUAGUUGUGUGUCCACAGUCCAACUCGGUAACAGAAAAGAUAGGAGUUUUCUCCAAAGGAGAAGUCCAAAUGACUGCUUCUGUGAACAGGAAUGUUUGCUCUCCAGGUGACACACUAACUGCUUUUGCCAAAAUCUCCAAUGGUUCCUCCAAGUCAAUGAAACCAAAAUUCAGUUUACAGCAAAAGACUGUUUACAUCGCUGGGGGUUCCAAAAACAUCAGGGACAUGUCUUUAUGCAAAAAAGUCGGAGACACCAUCAAACCAAACUCUGAGGAAACUGUGUCCUGCACCAUCGAUGUUCCUCCAGACACUAUCUACACUCUCAAUAACUGUGAUCUUGUCUCAGUGGAGUAUUACCUCAAGGUGUACUUGGACGUUAGUUUUGCCUUCGAUCCAGUGGUGGUGUUUCCCCUGAUAAUUGCUCCUGCCAUUGCACCUGAUCACUGUGAGGACUUGGGGCCUUACCCAGGUGGUCCUGCCGGGCCCCCGAGUUACAGUGACUUCUCAUCUGCAGCUGCCUACCCUAGUGAAUUUAAUCCCGUACCCAUAAGCACAGGUGCCUGUGGGUACCCCACACUGGAAGAUAAACCCCCGUUGUACAAUUCUCUUUUUCCCGAUGGUCAAGACACAACUGGCAAGAGAGAGCCAGUUAAUAAAAACUGAACUUAAAGACAUAAUCAGAAAUGACAAUUGUGUCAAUUAUAUCAUUAUCUUUGGCAAUCUGCACUAACGGAGGACUUUCUGGUAAAAUAAAAACCUAUUUGCUUUC